UCCUUCACCGUUGAUAUUAUGAUGAGUGACGAGUGAAACACCCGCUAUCAGACACACACUUCGAAGAACCUCGCUCUCUCCUUCAUCAUCAACGUAGAUUUUUCCAUUUUUCCAUUUUUCCAUUUUCCAUUCCCAUCCUCGCAACGAUUCACGAAGAGCAAGAAGUGGUGGUGGAUCCACGAAGAUGAGUCACAGCAUCUUCCACCAGACUCUGCUUUGUCAAACGCAGACGGUUGCGGAGCACCAAAGCAAGGUGAGUUCUCGCGGAAGCACUUUAUUCCCAGCGCUGAGUGUCAGCAAAGGCAAGAAGCUUGUACUCUCUACAAAUCUCCGCGGGAACAGGUUGUGCUUGAGGAAACGGAGAUUCGCCAUGGGAAGAAACCGCAACACUGUGGCUAUUCCGCGUGCUGUGUUAACCUCGAAUGCUGCUUCUGAGCUUUCAGGGAAGUUCAACCUUGAUGGAAACAUUGAAUUACAGGUUGGUGUUAGUUCUUCAGGACCAGGAGGUGCAACACAAGUAGAUAUUCAAGUUUCAAAUAAAAGUGGUUCUUUGAUUUUACAUUGGGGAGUUUUACAUGAAAGUCAAGGGAAGUGGGUACUUCCUUCUCGCCACCCAGAUGGAACUCAAGUUUAUAAGAACAGAGCUCUUAGAACUCCUUUUGUGAAAUCUGGCUCUGGAUCCUUCCUUAAAAUAGAAAUUGAUGAUCCUGCUGCACAAGCCAUAGAGUUCCUUAUACUUGAUGAAUCUCAGAAUAAGUGGUUUAAAAACAAUGGUGAGAACUUUCACAUCAAGUUACCAGGAAAAGAUGAGGGAGUUCAACAAGGCUCAGUUCCUGAAGACCUUGUACAAGUUCAAGCAUAUCUUAGGUGGGAGCGAAAUGGUAAGCAGAUGUACACUCCAGAGAAAGAGAAGGAGGAAUAUGAAGCAGCUCGACAAGACCUAUUGAAAGAAGUAGCUAGAGGUAUUUCUGUGCAAGACCUCCGCGCAAGGUUGACUAACAAAGCCAACACUGCUGAAGUAAAGCAGCCUUCGGUUUCUGGAACCAAGAACAUCCCUGAUGAACUUGCACAGGUUCAAGCUUAUAUACGCUGGGAAAAAGCUGGGAAGCCUAACUACUCUCCGGAACAACAACUUAUCGAAUUUGAAGAAGCAAGAAAAGAAUUGCUAGGUGAGCUUGAGAAAGGUGCUUCUCUAGAUGAAAUACGGAAGAAAAUUGUCAAAGGGGAGGUACAAACUAAAGUUGCCAAGCAGUUGAAAACCAAAAAAUACUUCCAUGUUGAAAGAAUACAAAGGAAAAAGAGAGAUUGGACGGAGCUUAUCAACAGAAAUGUUGGGGAAAAUAUAGUUGAACAAUUUGUAGAUGUUCCAAAGACAAUGACAGUGAUUCAACGCUAUGCCAAGGAAAAGGAAGAAUAUGAUAAAGGUCUUAUUUUGAAUAGGGCAAUUUACAAGCUUGCUGAUAAUGAUCUUCUGGUCCUCGUUACCAAAGAUGCUGGUAACAUUAAGGUUCACCUGGCUACAGACUCCAAAUCACCUGUUACACUUCACUGGGCCUUAUCAAGAUCAACACCUGGAGAGUGGUUGGUGCCACCUGCAAGUGCUCUGCCCCCUGGAUCUGUUAUUAUGGAUAAGGCUGCUGAAACACCUUUUAAUCCUGGUUCCCCGUCUCAUCCUUCCUUUGAGGUCCAGUCCUUAGAUAUAGAGGUCGAUGGCGAUACUUUUAAAGGAAUAACUUUUGUCACUCUGUCAGAUGGAAAAUGGAUAAAGAACAAUGGAUCAGAUUUUUAUGUUGAAUUUAGUGAGAAGAAGAAGAUACAAAAGGCUUCUGGUGAUGGCAAAGGUACAGCCAAGUUCUUGUUGGAUAGAAUAGCUGAAAUGGAAAGUGAGGCACAAAAGUCCUUUAUGCAUCGAUUUAACAUUGCAUCGGAAUUGAUGGAUCAAGCCAAAAAUGCUGGUCAAUUGGGUCUUGCGGGCAUUUUGGUUUGGAUGAGAUUUAUGGCUACAAGGCAGCUUAUAUGGAACAAAAAUUAUAAUGUGAAGCCACGUGAGAUAAGUCAAGCACAGGAUAGGCUUACAGACUUGCUCCAGGAUGCCUAUACGAGUUAUCCACAGUAUAGAGAGCUUGUGAGGAUGAUCCUUUCUACUGUUGGUCGUGGAGGUGAAGGUGAUGUGGGACAGCGGAUUCGAGAUGAAAUCCUUGUUAUCCAGAGAAAGAAUGAAUGCAAGGGAGGAAUGAUGGAGGAAUGGCACCAGAAGUUACACAAUAAUACUAGUCCUGAUGAUGUUGUAAUUUGUCAGGCACUGAUUGAUUAUAUAAAUAAUGACUUUGAUAUUGGAGUUUACUGGAAAACAUUGAAUGACAAUGGAAUAACAAAAGAACGUCUUUUGAGCUAUGACCGUGCCAUCCACUCUGAACCAAAUUUUAGGAGGGAUCAGAAGGAAGGUCUUUUGCGAGAUCUGGGAAACUACAUGAGGACACUGAAGGCAGUUCAUUCAGGUGCAGAUCUUGAAUCUGCAAUUACAAAUUGUUUAGGCUACAAAUCUGAGGGUCAGGGCUUCAUGGUGGGGGUGCAGAUAAAUCCAGUGUCUGGUUUGCCAUCUGGUUUUCCUCAAUUAGUUCAGUUUGUGAUGGAACACGUUGAAGUUAAAUAUGUUGAACCACUUCUUGAGGGUUUGCUAGAGGCUCGUCAGGAACUCCGACCAUCACUCAAUAAGUCUCAAAGUCGUCUGAAAGAUCUUUUAUUUUUGGAUGUUGCUCUGGAUUCCACAGUUAGAACAGCAGUGGAAAGGGGAUAUGAAGAAUUAAACAAUGCAGGGCCUGAGAAAAUAAUGUACUUUAUCUUCUUGGUUCUUGAAAAUCUUGCACUUUCAUCGGACAAUAAUGAAGAUCUUAUCUACUGUUUGAAGGGAUGGGAAAUUGCCUUAAGCAUGUGCAAGAGUAAAGACACUCAUUGGGCAUUGUAUGCAAAAUCAGUCCUUGACAGAACACGCCUUGCACUCGCAACCAAGUCAGAGGAAUACCAUAAUAUUCUGCAACCAUCAGCAGAAUACCUUGGAUCACUACUUGGUGUGGAAACAUGGGCUGUGGAAAUAUUUACGGAAGAAAUUAUCCGUGCUGGAUCUGCUGCUUCUUUGUCUGCACUUCUAAAUCGACUUGAUCCUGUACUCCGAAAGACAGCUAAUCUUGGAAGCUGGCAGGUUAUUAGCCCUGUUGAAACGAUUGGAUAUGUUGUGGUUGUGGAUGAGUUGCUUUCUGUUCAAAACAAAUCAUAUGAGAGGCCUACAAUUUUGAUAGCCAAGAGUGUGAGAGGAGAGGAAGAAAUUCCAGAUGGUGCAGUUGCUGUCCUGACACCAGAUAUGCCAGAUGUCCUAUCUCAUGUUUCUGUUCGAGCAAGAAAUAGCAAGGUGUGUUUUGCCACAUGCUUUGACCCCAGUAUCCUUGCUGACCUUGAAUCAAAGAAGGGAAAGCUCUUGAGCUUGAAGCCUACAUCUGCAGAAGUAGUUUAUAGUGAGGUCAACGAGGGUGAGCUUAUUGAUGAAAAAUCAAGUCACCUGAACGAAGUUGGUUCUGUGCCAUCCAUAUCUUUGGUCAAAAAGCAGUUUAGUGGAAGAUAUGCUGUCUCAUCUGAAGAAUUCACUGGGGAAAUGGUUGGUGCUAAAUCUCGUAAUAUCUCUUAUUUAAAAGGAAAAGUACCUUCUUGGAUUGGAAUUCCUACCUCAGUUGCCCUACCAUUUGGAGUUUUUGAGCAUGUCCUUUCUGACAAAUCAAAUCAGGUAGUGGCUGAGAAGGUUAAUGUUUUGAAACGGAAGUUAACUGAGGGAGACUUCAGUGCCCUCAAGGAUAUUCGUGAAACAGUUUUACAGUUGAAUGCGCCACCCCAGCUGGUAGAGGAGUUGAAAACUAAGAUGAAGAGUUCUGGAAUGCCUUGGCCGGGUGAUGAAGGCGAACAACGCUGGGAACAAGCAUGGAAAGCUAUAAAAAAGGUAUGGGGCUCAAAGUGGAAUGAAAGAGCAUACUUCAGCACGAGAAAAGUUAAGCUUGAUCAUGAUUAUCUUUCCAUGGCUGUCCUUGUGCAAGAAGUGGUAAAUGCUGACUAUGCUUUUGUAAUCCACACAACUAAUCCAUCUUCCGGAGACUCCUCAGAAAUAUAUACGGAGGUGGUAAAGGGACUUGGAGAAACACUAGUUGGAGCUUAUCCUGGUCGUGCUUUGAGUUUUAUCUGCAAAAAACAUGAUUUGGACUCCCCUCAGGUCUUGGGUUAUCCUAGCAAACCUAUCGGUCUGUAUAUUAGAAGGUCAAUUAUUUUUCGGUCGGAUUCCAACGGUGAAGAUCUAGAAGGUUAUGCUGGUGCUGGCCUCUAUGACAGAAACUAGGACAGCCUGAAAUUCCAAAAAAGAGGAUGGAAGCAACAAGCACCAGGAUAGACAAGGGUGUCACAUUCACCUGCAAAAAGUGGACCAACAAUUGCAACAAUUGAAGCUCAAAAGAAAUAACGGAAGCAACUACGCAUCAAGGAUUGCCAGAUUAGUUCCUUUUCAGUCAGGCGACAGCGAGUAUGUCACAUUGUAUUUGAUAGGAUUCCUAUUUCUACAUCAUUGCCACAUGAGGAGCUGAUCCAUAAUAGGACAAAUAGGCCUAGAAUCUUUCAGGUGUAUUCUAGAAGGGGUAAGAAGGGAAAUAGUGGCUAAGUUAGUUAGGAGAGCUGACAGGUGGGGAAUGAGAGCUGGCAAGUCAGUAUCAGAAUAUAAGGAAUAGGAGAGAGAAUGUUGAGGAUACCUUUAGAUAUUUCAGAUAUUGAGAAUGAUUAGGAAGUGCUAACUUCCUAAACGGAGCUCUGCUCUGAGUAAGGGAAUUAAAGGAGAUUUCUCCAUUCCUUCUGUAGUCCAGUUUACAAGUUCAAUAAAGCUCUCAGUUAUAUUUCUCUCAA